CUAACUUUUUUCUAUUUUUUUAAAUUCUAACUCUUUUUAUCCUUGUGCCCUGCUCUCCUCAGCCCUCUGUCUGUCCACAUACAUCCAUCAUGACGAAUUCAUCUUCCAGCUGGUGGCAGCUGCCCUUUCUGAGGAAACAAACAUCCCAGCCCAAGGUUAUGAACGUGAUCCCUGAAGAGAUUGACUCCAAUGCUAACACUGGCCAGCAGGGGUCUGGGGCAGCAACUGGUGCCGCAGAGGUCUCUGUGAUCGACUCAGAGCAGGCCAACCGACUGGAGAGAAUCAUAGAUAAAACGACGGCCAACAAGGGGUGCCAUGUUAAGGUGUCGCGCUCCGGAAGGUUCAAGGAGAAGAAGAAAGUGCGAGCCACGUUGGCAGAGAACCCAGAGAUGUUUGCAGAAGUUGGCCCCGCCAGGAAUGACAAUAAGAAGGCGAGGAAGUGACAUGACACGCAACUUCUCCAAAGAUUAGCAUAGA